GAAACUGAAAGAGAGAAAAUGCACCAGUAAAACAAACAGCCUCGGAAGCUGUAGUGAGAGAAAGCCAUGGCUGCUGGUUGGAACAGAGAUCAUGUAUCCAGAGGCAUCACACAGGGGGGGAAGAUAUCCCAGGAGACAUUUAUAGACACUUAUGACCCAAGUGUCCUUCGAAGGGUGCAAUACAUGCUCUAUGAAAUCAAGUGGAGCAAUAACAAAAAGCCCUGGCAGAGCUGUUGCCAUAGCACUCGAACAGAGCAUGCUGAAAUUCACUUCAUAGAAGAUGUCUUUCAGGAGCAAAGAUCUGAUCCUUCUGCCCACUGCUCCAUCACCUGGUACAUGUCCUGGAGUCCCUGCGGGGACUGCUGCAAGGAAAUCAGGGAUUUCCUGAAGGACCAGCCUAAUGUGAAUCUAGUUAUUUAUGUAGCACGGAUCUACUGGCACAAAGAGGAAACCAAUCGUCAGGGUCUACGGAGCCUGGUGAACAUUGGAGUGACCAUCCGAGUCAUGGACCUCCCAGUUUAUAGAUACUGUUGGAGAACAUUUGUCGAUGAUGAGGACAAGUAUGAAGAUUAUUGGCCCAGGCACUUUGCUCCAUGGAUAAUGCUAUAUUCUCUCGAACUCCAGUCCAUCCUUCAGAACAUUCCGUCUUGCUUAGAGAUUUCAUCAGGUGAGAACCAGACUCCGGUUUUCAGCCUAUGUGUAGAAAAUGAUCAACAGAAAAGAGCACUCACAUCAGCCAAUCCCUGAUAGCCGCCAGUAUUCUGGCCUGGGCAGCCAGCAAAUCUCUGGAUGUCACGAGUGUAUUGAACCAGGCCAUCAUGGGGAAGAGAUGUUGAUAGGACUCUAGAAUGUUUAAUCAUUCCAAUUUGAUUUAGUUACUCAUAGCCAUUUCCUUCCCAUUGGUUCAGCUUGUAGCCUUUUGAAAAGUGAAUCAUGUUUAAAUAUUUGAUGUUGUACAGUGACUGGGUCAUGUUAACACCUGUGACUCAGUGUACGGGUUUAUUCCAUCAUAGUUAACACAAGAGUAUCUUGCUUAUUCUGUGUCCAAUGCUGUUUCGCAAAUGAACAUAACACGAUAUGGUUUGCUUUGUGUAAGCAGUUUAUAUGGAACUAAUUAAUUAUUCAAUAACAUAUGUAAAGACCUUGGAGAGGAUUUAUUCUCCAGGAUUAUUUUUCUGAAUUUUUCUCUUGAUAGAUUUCUAGGUUUUACUUUCUCUGUCUUUUGUCAACAUAACAUUUGAAUAAAAUAUCUAUAAUCUAAGGAAGCAC